GGGCCGCUACAGCUGUCGUGGUCAGGUGCUGCUUUCCCCGGUUGGACGUGGUGUCCACGGUCUGAAGUGUCCUCUCCAGGUUUCCUGUAGCCGACUGGCGGCUGCAGCAACCUGAGCCGCAGACUGUGCCUCGCUGCGGGGCCGCCGAUCGCUCGGGGCCAUGCCCUCGGCUGCUGCACCCAUCAUCAGCUCCGUCCAGAAGCUGGUGCUGUACGAGACCAGAGCUAGAUAUUUUCUAGUUGGGAGCAAUCAUGCAGAGACAAAACAUCGAGUCUUGAAAAUUGAUAGAACAGAACCGAGAGAUUUGGUUGUAAUUGAUGAUAGGCAUGUAUAUACUCAGCAGGAAGUGAAAGAACUUCUUGGCCGCUUGGAUCUAGGAAACAGAACCAAGAUGGGACAGAAAGGAUCUUCGGGCUUAUUUCGAGCCGUUACAGCUUUUGGUGUUGUAGGUUUUGUAAGAUUCUUAGAAGGAUAUUAUAUUGUGUUAAUAACUAAAAGGAGGAAGAUGGCGGAUAUUGGAGGUCAUGCAAUAUAUAAGAUAGAAGAUACAAAUUUGAUCUAUAUACCAAAUGAUUCCGUACGAGUUACCCACCCUGAUGAAGCUCGGUAUCUGCGAAUAUUCCAAAAUGUGGACCUUUCUAGCAAUUUUUACUUUAGUUACAGCUAUGAUUUGUCCCACUCUCUUCAAUAUAAUCUCACUGUCUUGCGGAUGCCCCUGGAGAUGCUGAAGUCAGAAACGACCCAGGCUCGCCAAGAGAGCUUUGAUAUCUUUGAAGAUGAAGGAUUGGUUACACAGGGUGGAAGCGGUGUGUUUGGGAUCUGCAGUGAACCAUACAUGAAGUAUGUGUGGAAUGGCGAGCUUCUGGAAGUAAUUAAAAACACUGUCCACCGUGACUGGCUGCUAUAUAUUAUUCACGGAUUCUGUGGACAGUCAAAGCUGUUGAUCUAUGGACGGCCAGUGUAUGUCAGCCUCAUAGCACGAAGAUCCAGCAAGUUUGCUGGGACCCGUUUUCUAAAGAGAGGCGCCAACUGUGAGGGUGAUGUUGCCAAUGAAGUGGAGACAGAGCAGAUACUCUGUGACGCGUCUGUGAUGUCUUUCACUGCAGGAAGUUACUCUUCCUACGUGCAAGUUAGAGGAUCAGUUCCCUUAUCCUGGUCUCAGGACAUUUCAACCAUGAUGCCCAAGCCCCCCAUCACUUUGGACCAGGCAGAUCCGUUUGCGCGCGUGGCUGCCCUUCACUUUGACCAGAUGCUUCAGAGGUUUGGCUCUCCCCUCAUCAUCUUGAAUUUGGUGAAGGAACGCGAGAGAAGAAAACAUGAGAGAAUCCUGAGUGAAGAACUCGUGGCGGCUGUGACUUACCUCAACCAGUUUUUGCCUCCUGAACAUACUAUUGUUUAUAUCCCUUGGGAUAUGGCCAAGUACACCAAAAGCAAGCUGUGUAAUGUUCUCGACCGGCUGAAUGUCAUCGCAGAAAGUGUGGUGAAGAAAACAGGUUUCUUUGUUAACCGCCCGGAUUCUUACUGUAGCAUUUUACGGCCAGAUGAAAAGUGGAAUGAACUAGGAGGAUGUGUGAUUCCCACUGGUCGCCUACAGACUGGAGUUCUUCGAACCAACUGCGUGGACUGCUUGGAUCGCACCAACACAGCGCAGUUUAUGGUGGGAAAAUGUGCCCUAGCUUAUCAGCUGUAUUCCCUGGGAUUGAUUGACAAGCCUAACCUCCAGUUUGACACAGACGCAGUUAGACAGAUCGAUGAUACAAAUGUUUGUGUUUUAGAUGCUGACAGACAAGACUCCAUUAAUCUCUUCCUGGGCGUCUUCCAUCCAACUGAAGGAAAACCUCACCUCUGGGAACUCCCCACAGAUUUCUAUUUGCAUCACAAAAAUACCAUGGAACUUUUACUGACCAGAAGGAGUUAUACUCACUGGUGGACACCAGAGGUAAUAAAAUAUUUACCACUGCCUUAUGAUGAAGUUACCUGUGCUGCGAACUUGAAGAAGUUAAUCGUGAAGAAGUUUCACAAGCAUGAGGAAGAGAUCGAUAUCCACAACGAGUUCUUCCGGCCACAUGAGUUGAGCAGUUUUGAUGACACCUUUUGCUUGGCCAUGACGAGCUCAGCACGGGACUUUAUGCCCAAGACCAUUGGCAUCGAUCCCAGCCCGUUUACUGUGCGGAAACCCGAUGAGACUGGAAAAUCAGUAUUGGGAAACAAAAGCAACAGAGAAGAAGCUGUGUUACAGCGCAAGACGGCCGCCAGCGCCCCGCCGCCCCCCAGUGAGGAGGCUGUGUCCAGCAGCUCAGAGGACGACUCAGGGACCGACCGGGAGGACGAGGGCUCCGUGUCUCAGCGCUCCACGCCGGUGAAGAUGGCUGACACGGGAGACAGUGCCAAAGCGAUGGAGAAUGUAGUCCAGUCUAUGAAAGACGUCUAUGGAAUUAACCUCUCAGAUGGCCUCUCAGAAGAUGACCUCUCCAUUUAUUCAAGAUUUGUUCAGCUGGGGCAGAGCCAACAUAAACAAGACAAGAGCGGCCAAAAGCACUGUGUCCAGUGCUCAGACGGAGUGAUAAAACUGACUCCCAUCUCGGCUUUCUCUCAAGACAACAUCUAUGAAGUGCAGCCUCCCAGAGUAGACAGGAGAUCCACAGAGAUCUUCCACGCCCACCUCCAGGCCAGUAAAGGCGUCAUGCAGCCGCUCGGGAAGGAAGACACCGCCAUGUACCGAGAGUACAUCAGAAACCGCUACCUGUGAAUGGUUACCAGCACCGCUCGCCUCCUCUUUGAAGGGCACUUUCCCAGCUGAAGGUCAUUCCUCUCUCCGCAGCUGGCCAAGUACCAAUCAUGGGUAAAACAGGAACCACCGAGUACUUUGCUCGCACUGCUUUGCCCGAAAAAAACAACAAAACUCUGUCUGGUGGGACAAAGUCCCUUGUGAAGACAAAGUAGUUUUGUAUCUUUUAAUGGCUAAUGUACAUGUAUUUAUUAUACUCCGAUUGCUUUUAUGUUAACUUUGUGUCUCAGGCAAAGAUGUAAGUGCUCUGAAAGCCUUUGUUCUUAGGAAACAAAUACUGAACUGUUUGUUGGAACAGAUGUCAACAGAGGACUCUCAUAUGGUUUAUGUGAAAAAGGAACCCAUGCUGAAGACAAUGGAGCAAAAUAUAAAUGGUUGGUAAAGCAGGGCAUUCUUUUGAUGAUUCUCAUCAUGUUUAUUUGCUUGGACAAUUAUAUCAAAAUAAAAAGUUUGGAAAUACA